AGGGGGGGAUGGGACACGGGGGACUAUGACUGCCGGGAUCCCCCCUCCAGACCCGGAGCGGGGGUUCCGCCGCCUGCCCCCCUCUCCUCCCCUCCCCUCCAGCCCCCGCUCCCUGCAAGGCGGCGGCGGGAGGCGCCCGGUCCCCGCCGCCCCCCAGCCCCGCUCGGCGGUGGGGGAGGCAGCCAGGGAAGCCAUUGCCUGUUUAAUAGUUGCUGUUGCAGCACUUCCGCUUCUCUCCCAGCGAGAGAGACACGAGUGGCCAGGCCCAGCCGCACCGAGGAGGAGCAGCCAGACACAAAGGGAGAGGUUGGGGUGUGUGGUGGGGGGGUCGCUAUGUCGGAUGACGAUUCGAGGGCCAGCACCAGCUCCUCCUCAUCUUCAUCCUCCAACCAACAGACAGAGAAAGAGACAAGCACGCCUAAGAAGAAGGAAAGCAAAGUCAGCAUGAGUAAAAACUCUAAGCUGCUAUCUACCAGUGCCAAGAGGAUUCAGAAGGAAUUGGCUGACAUCACCUUAGAUCCACCUCCCAACUGCAGCGCUGGCCCCAAAGGUGAUAACAUCUACGAAUGGAGAUCAACCAUUCUAGGACCUCCAGGUUCAGUCUAUGAGGGAGGUGUUUUCUUCCUUGACAUCACAUUUACACCAGAAUAUCCUUUCAAGCCUCCAAAGGUAACGUUUCGGACAAGAAUCUACCACUGUAAUAUUAACAGCCAAGGCGUCAUCUGCCUGGACAUUUUAAAAGACAACUGGAGCCCGGCGUUAACCAUUUCUAAAGUUCUCCUCUCCAUCUGCUCCCUCCUCACAGACUGCAACCCGGCUGACCCCCUGGUUGGAAGUAUUGCCACUCAGUAUAUGACUAACAGAGCAGAGCACGACAGAAUGGCCAGACAAUGGACCAAAAGAUACGCUACAUAAGCUGGAUUUUCGUCAAACUCUUACAUUAUUUGUCUGUGAUGGAAAGAGCUGCUUAUGAUUUUGAAGGGGUGGGGGGAGGGAGGGUGCUGGUAAAGAGUAGGGUAUUUCUAUAACAGAUUUUAUUCAGUCUUUUAUUUCCUACAAUUUUGUUGUUGUAACUUAAGGUAUCUUGCUACAGUAGACAGCUAGGAUUGGGAAUAGCAUAUUUUAAGACUGUAAUUAGUUCAGCAAUAUUAGCUCACAUAUAGUACCGAGAAGAAUGUAAACUUCUUAGACUUCUUUGGUUUUCAGUUUGCUUGCAAUAUGUAAAAGAUUAAAACAGCUUAAUUUUGUACAGGUACAUAUGUUGACAUUUAUGUAAAAGUCCUUUCAAGACUCUACACACUGUUUUUGCUUUUUGUUUUGGGUUUGGGGGGUUUAUUUUGUUCUGGGUUGGGUUUCUUUGGGCUUUUUUGUAAAAAGAUAUCGGGAUUGUUUUCCCCUAUGGAGGGCACAUUGGUAUUUAACAAAUCCUUUUUAAAGACUGUCAUCUCAUGAUCUGUGACAUGGAGAGGGGGAUAUAUGGCGUCAUAUAUGAAAUGAGAAGUAGUUAAUGUAUUAUUUUAUAAGCCAAUCUAUCUUCGUGAAAAGAAUAAAGGGUUUAAUCAGGA